AUGGGAGAAAGAUACGAACAAAACUGCCAGAAUUACAAGAAUUUUCGAAAGAAGAUUAUGAAGUUAGAGAUAGAGAUAGCGAACAGAAGGAAAAAGGAAGGAAAUAAUAAUAGUAUUUCAAUAGGUGAUAGAGUUUUAGUGAAACAAGAUCAUCAUAAUAAGUUCUCAACAAAAUUUAAUCCUAAAAUAUUCAAAGUUAUUCACAAAUUUGGAAAUAGUGUAAUUGUAGAAACUGUAGAGAAACCCUAUGUGCGUUAUAAGCGAAAUGUUACACAUAUUAAGAAGUAUUAUGAAAGUGAUCGUAAUCGGGAAAUCAAAAGUGAAACAUCAAAUAAAAAUGUAUUUGAUGAUAUAUCUUAUAAAGUGCCAAAUCAAAAUGAUCAUAGUGCUAUAUUCGGAAAUGAUCAUACUAUUGUGCCAAAUCAGAAUAUAAAUCCUGAUAGUGUUUCAAAUCAAUCAAAUAUUGAUCAUGAUGAUUCAAGUGAUGAAAGUAUUAAAACUUUCAAUUCGUAUCAACGACCUAAGCGUAAUCGGAAAAGACCUCUCCGAUAUCGAAAUGAUUAA